AUGGACAUAAUUAAUACAUUGCCAGAGGUGCAACAGCAAAUGUUUCAACGUUUAAUUCAGAAAUUUAUGUCUCCCAACAAUAACACAACAAAACAAGUUUCGGAAAAGGAAACGGAAAAUUUUAAGAAUUUAUUAGAGAAAAUUCGUGAAUCCAAUAAAAUUGUAAACAUGCAAACGAUAAUGGAAAAAAUUAAGGAAAAUAAUCAUCAUAUUGAUGUGGAUGAUGCGAAUAUGGAGGAUAAUUUGAAAAAUAGUGAUAUUGACUACUGCUCUGACGACAGUCGCAAAUCCUCAAAUUACGGCGGAAACAAUCAAACUCUCACACCUCGACACACAAUCGACGCAAUCUUAGGCCUCAACAAUCGCUGCAUGGAAAAUGGCACUGAAAUGAUUGUAGCUACCGACCUAUCACGCGCUCCAUUAGUUGGUUUGAGCAAUCCGCCGCUGCUGCAUCACAUUAAAACAACUGACAAUCAAUUUAUGACGACGACAAAAAAUCAAUUUACUCCGCAACAGCAGCAACAUUCUCAGCCACUUCCCCCUCCGCCGCCAGAAAUGCUUUCAAAUUUCAACUACUCAUCGUCGCAUUUAAAAUCGAUAAUGGAUUUGAGUGAUCCAUCGACGCAACAGCAGCAACAACAACCACCGCAUCCAGCAUCUGGCGUGAAUCCGCAAUUUCAAGACCAACAUCACCAUUUGAACUACAUGCGAAAUCUCAAAGAGAGCAAUAAAUAUUUCCUCGAUGCAAAUUACCGAAAUUACUGCAAAAAUAUCCAAGAAAUCCAAAGUAAUGCGAAUUUAGCGAAAAUGUUUUCGGGCACGUCAAGUCAACAAGAACAUCAAGACGAUUCGAGUGAUUUGACGGAUCUUUCGCCGAAAAAUGUCACCGUGCUAAAUGGUAGUCACGAUGAACGAGUUGAUGGAGCAUCUGCACCGGAUUAUCACUACUUACAGUCGCAGUCGUCGCAAUCGCAGCACAAUGACGCAGCAGAAAAAUCAAUUAAGCCCAAUAACUACGGGGCAUAUGUCAAGAAUCAGUUUGACACGAUACGAGCACGGCAAUUAGAUGAGAUGCAAAAUAAUUGUGAUAUGAAUAAUCAUCAUGAGAUGGGGAAUAAUAAUAAUAACAACAACAACAAUAAUGGGAGUAGUGCGAAUAAGUUGGCGAAUGUGGAUGAAUGUAGUUCGAGUGAGAUGCGGAAUUAUGCGUCGAGCGACGAUUUGAAUCAAACCAUGUCCACAGAUGAUAAAAUGGGAUCGGGAAGUGAGGAUGAAGGAGGCGACGACGCAUGUUCCAAGAAAAAGCAUCGUCGAAAUCGCACAACUUUCACCACAUACCAGCUUCACGAGUUAGAACGCGCCUUCGAGAAAUCUCACUACCCAGACGUUUAUUCGCGCGAAGAGCUCGCCAUGAAAGUCAAUUUACCUGAAGUUCGUGUACAAGUUUGGUUUCAGAAUCGUCGUGCAAAAUGGCGACGCCAAGAGAAAAGUGAAAGUCUUCGCUUAGGAUUAAGUCAUUUCUCGCAAUUACCUCAUCGGCUAGGAUGCAAUGGAGCAAAUCUACCCGUGGAUCCUUGGUUAUCGCCUCCUUUGCUCUCAGCGUUACCAGGUUUUCUCUCGCAUCCACAAACAGUUUAUCCGAGUUAUCUCACGCCUCCUCUGAGUCUCGGUCAUAAUAAUUUAGCGAUGGCGGCGAAUUUGGGUCUCGCGCAUCACCCAAAUAACCCGCAUGGGCUCCGAAUUUCACCGCAAGGCAUGAUGGCGGGCGGUAUGCCGCCUCAGAUGAGACUUUCGCCCCAAAUGUCGGGUCCUCCCUCGAAUUCCGGCGCAGGAACUCCGAAUCCUUGCAGUACGCCUCCCAAUUUGCCGUCCAUUCCGCCGCCGGGAACGAUGCGACAUAUCACACGAUCUCCUCCGCUUCCGCCUCAAACGCUUUCGAGAGUGUCGUCGCCCGAUGGAAGUAUAAGUCCCGGAUCGCCUGGCAGUAUAAAAUGCGGAAAAGAUGAGGAAAAUGAAGCGAAUGUGAAUGGCGGUGCGAAAGAAGUCACGAAUGCCGUUAAUAUGACGAUCAAUACGUCGACAGAUAUGAGAACGAACUCAAUCGCAGCACUGAGAAUCAAAGCGAAGGAACACAUCGAGAACAUUAACAAGGGAUUGACGACGACGGUGUAG